AUGCGUUACGAUAGUCCCCUUGUUGUGGAAGAGAUUCAUGUGGGAGUGAUUCUUGAUAUGAAAUCAAGGGAGGGAAGGAUUGUUCUGAGCUGCAUUUCGGCCGCCGUCGCUGAUUUCUACCAGCUGCACAAAAACUACAGCACAAGAGUAGUUCUCCACAGCAGGGAUUCCAAAGGAGAACCUCUACAUGCUCUGUCAGCCGCUCUUAAUCUUUUGAAUGACAUCAAAGUGGAAGCAAUAAUUGGUGCACAAACAAGUAUGGAAGCACACCUUUUGGCAGAUUUGGGAGAAGCAGGUAAAGUCCCUGUGAUGUCUCUCUCUGAACCUAGUCCUCCUCCUCUCAACGACAAUAAAUACCCCUUCCGUAUUGGGAUCAUACCGGAUCAAACUUCUCUAGCUAUGGCAAUCAGCGCCAUUUUUGAUAUUUUCAAAUGGAAGGAUGUUACUCUUGUAUAUGAUGAGAACACAGAUUAUGGGAAAAACAUCAUUCCAGCUGUGGUCAAUUCCUUCCAAGAGACAAAUGUGCGUAUUGCACAUACAAGUUCCAUUGCUGCAUCCUCUACAAAUGAACAAAUCAUUGAAGAACUCCGUAAGUUAAUGGAAUUGAAGACUAAGGUAUUUCUCGUCCAUAUUUCACAUUUACUUGUACCUCGUCUUUUCUUAAAUGCGAAAAAGUUAGGAAUGAUGAGUGAAGGGUACGUUUGGAUUAUGACAUCAAGUAGCAUGAAUUUCUUGCAUUCCAUGGAUUCUAAUGUGAUUGAGUCAAUGGAAGGAGUGUUGGGUUUGAAGUCACAUAUUCCGGCAUCAACCGGCCUCCAAAAUCUUACUUCAAGAUUGAGGAGGAAAUUUUACAUGGAGUAUUCCAAUAAGGAGGUAACUGAGUUAAGUCCUUAUGGAAUUUGGGCAUAUGAUGCAACUUGGGUUCUAGCAGAAGCAGUUGAAAGGAUAAGGAGAAAAAAUUCUACUAGAUCAUUCUCCAAACAUGGAGUUGUGUUGCUUAGAGAAAUAUUACAAACGGGAUUUAAAGGUUUAAGUGGUGAAGUUCAAUAUCCAGAUGGGAAACUAACUUCAGGUGGAUUUGAGAUUGUAAAUGUGGUAGGGAAAGAGGAGAGAACGGUUGGAUUUUGGCCUUGCAAAGAAGAAAAAACCACAAAAGAGUCGUGCAUGCCGCUUAGUAAUAGGAGAAAUUUACUCUUCACCGACAAUUUGGAAACAAUCAGCUGGCCUGGGGGAUCCAAGAGGCAAUUGAGUAGUGAAAUAAAACUGAGAAUUGGUGUUCCAGUGAAAGUAGGGUUCAAGGAACUUGUGGGUGUGGAGCAUGAUCUUCAAACCAAUAGAACAUAUGUAACUGGCUUCUCUAUAGAUGUAUUCGAAACUGCAAUUAAAGCUCUGCCGUAUAAAGUACAUUACGAAUUUUUUCCAUUUGAGAAUGCAAAUGGAGUUAUGGCUGGGGCUUACAAUGAUCUUGUUUACCAAGUCUAUCUCAAGAAUUAUGAUGCUGUUGUGGGAGAUACGACGAUCACAUCGAACAGGUCUCAAUAUGUUGAUUUCACAAUACCAUACACUGACUUCGGUGUGGGAAUGCUAGUACCAAAUGAGAAGGACAACAUGUGGAUUUUCUUGAAACCUCUCUCAACAGGUCUUUGGAUAGCAAGUGCGGGUUUCUUCAUCCUAACGGGUUUCAUCGUAUGGUUAAUUGAGCGUCCUGUCAACCAAGAAUUCCAAGGCACACGAUGGCAGCAAAUAGGAACGAUAUUCUGGUUCUCCUUCUCAACCCUUGUUUUUGCUCAUAGGGAGAGGUUGUUAAACAACUUGGCCAAGUUUGUAGUGAUCAUAUGGGUUUUUGUUGUGCUUAUAUUGACUUCCAGUUACACUGCAACUUUAGCAUCAAUGAUGACAGUUAAACAAAUACAGUUGAACUCAAGAGGGAGCUAUAUAGGUUACCAGUCAGGUUCCUUAGGAGUGAUAGUGAACUUGAAUUUCAAAGGGAUUAAGCCAUACCGUUCAGUUGAAGAAUAUGCUGAUGCUUUAUCAAAAGGAAGCAAGCAUGGUGGCGUUUCGGCGAUAAUCGAUGAGGUUCCAUACAUCAACAUCUUCCUUGCAAAGUAUUCCGCAGACUACUCCAUGAUUAAAACCAGAUCUACCACCAAUGGUUUUGCCUUUGUUUUCCCUAAAGGUUCGAAAUUGGUUCACGACGUGUCAAGGCAAAUAGAACAUAUGAGAGAAGAAGGAAAGCUUAUAGAGAUGGAAAAGACCUGGUCUCUUAGAAAAACAACUCUUAUGUCUGAGGAAGCUACUACGACAGGUCCCAGUACUCUUGACCUCUAUAGCUUUCGUGGUUUAUUCCUCGUUACCGGGAUUUCUUCAGCUUUUGCUCUCUUCUUGUUCUUAAUUUUCUCCACAACAUUUAGAAAUCUGAUUAGAAAGCAACUGCAAUUGAUUGGACGACAACUGCAGCGUUUAAGGAUGUAUUCCUGUCCAAUUUAG